AUGGAAACCAACAGGACACAGAAUGGAAUUCAACUCUUGUUGGCUGCAGAACAAGAAGCUCAGCACAUUGUCAACACUGCCAGAGCUGCAAAAAUGGCUAGACUGAAACAAGCGAAAGAAGAAGCUGAGAAGGAGAUCGCCGCCAUUCGUGCUCAAAUGGAAGCUGAGUUCCAGAGAAAGGUCGCAGAGAGUAGUGGAGACUCGGGUGCUAAUGUGAAGCGUCUUGAACAAGAAACGGAAGCAAAGAUCCAUAAUCUGAAAGCAGAGGCUGAACGAAUUUCCCAUGAUGUUGUCCAGAUGCUUCUGAAGCACGUGACAAGUGUAAGAAACUAA